AUGAGUUUUGUAUAUUCAAUUCCUACAACUGGUUCAAUUUCUUUUUCUGAGUUUCUUUUGGAUCAAGACAAGCUAUAUUUAAAUGGAAUUUCAGAAGCAACAGCUCAAAGAGGUCGUGUGCGAGCAGUUUUAAAAGAAGCAAAUAAAACGGAAGGACCAAUAGAUUAUACAAAAAUUAUAAAGACGGUUGAUGACUAUUUACCAUAUUUAUUGGCAAUAGUUGAUUGUUUGGAAUGUGGACAAUUGAAACUGAAGAAAGAAAUUGGAAUCUAUUAUGAAUUGAUAUUCACAUUAUUGACAUAUGGAUAUACAUGUUCUGAUUGGGCUACUAGUAUUAUAGAACGACAGACCAAUAAAGAUGAAAUGGAUCUUAAAUUGAGACAGGCAGCAGAUUUAUUACGUAAAGCAUCCGGAAUCUUUGCCUAUAUUACAGAAAAUAUAUCUCCAAGAUGGGAAAACCCACCAAAUUCUAGACCACUGGAUGUUUUAACGGAAAUAUCAACAUCACUUUCAAAAAUCGCACUUGCAGAUGCAUCUUCAAUUGCGAUUCGUAAAGCUUUAAUGCAACAAAAAUCUUCCUCUUUACUUGCAAAGUUGGCCAUUGGCGUUGCAGUAGAAUAUGAAUCUGCAAAUGGACUUCUUAAUAGUUUAAAAGACCCACAAAAAGUUUGUGGGAAUUUUCGAAAAUAUGUUUCGAAUGGUGCUUUAUUUCAUCAGUCACUUGGAAAGAAAUUUUUAGCAAAGGAUGCCUACGAACAUCAAAAAAUUGGUACGGCUGUAGGGUUUAUUAAAGAAGCGCGUGAAGCGUUUCAUCAAAUUUCAAAAUCAAAAUCAUCUACACUUGCUGUACAUGCUUCGCAAGAAUAUACAGAGAUUGCAUUUGAUACAGUUCCAUCUAGAGCAGAUCUUCAAGCACUUAUUCCUGGUGGACGUAUAGUACAAGAAAAAUAUUGA